AGACCACGCUCUGCACAGCCCAGGCCACCAGCACAGGUCCUUGAUAUCUCCUGUCAGCAAAGCCAAUUCACACGAGGAAUUUACAAUGUCAAGCAACGUUUCUGAAUGUCAUCUCUACGACGAAAUGGAACCUUUUACCUAUUUUUACUACUUGAUUUUUCUCGUGGGAAUUAUUGGAAGCUGUUUCGCGCUGUGGGCAUUCACUCAGAAGGACCAGAAACCAAAGUCUAUGAGCAUCUACUUGAUCAACCUCCUCACUGCAGACCUGUUGCUGACGCUGGCACUGCCAGUGAAGAUUAUUGUUGACCUGGGAAUCGCGUCCUGGAGCCUGCGGAUAUUCCACUGCCAGGUCACAGCCUGCUGCAUCUACCUGAGCAUGUACCUGUCGAUCAUAUUCCUGGGGCUGGUGAGCGUGGAUCGCUGCCUGCAGCUGGCGCACAGCUCCAGGAUCUUCCGCCUGCAGGAGCCCGGCUUCGCCCGGACGCUGUGCGCCGUGGUGUGGCUCACGGUCCUGCUCCUCACCGUGCCCAACAUGGCCAUCCCCACCCGCCCCGUGCCGGAGCGACCCGGCCUGGGCUGCAUCGACCUCAAAACGCGCCUGGGCCGGGACUGGCACGUCUUCACCAACUUCGUGUGCACGGCGCUGUUCCUGCACGUCUCGGCGCUGCUGCUGCUGUGCCCGGCGCUGCUGGCGCGGCGCUGCUGGCGCCUCCGGCACGGCCCCGGCGCGGAGCGGGCUCGCCGGGCGCUGCUGCAGGUGCUGCUGGUGAGCGGGGCGCACCUGCUGUGCUUCGUGCCGUUCCACGCCGUGCGCAUCCCCUACACGCUGAGCCAGGGCAGCGCGGGCGCGGGCUGCGCGCUGCGCAGGGCGCUCUUCCGAGCCAAGGAGGGCACGCUGCUGCUCGCCGUGGGCAACCUCUGCCUCGACCCCAUCCUCUACUACCACCUCUCCAGCUCCUUCCGCAGCAAGCUCUCGGGGGCGUUCGCGGCGCCCGCGGAGGGGAAGGAGCUCACGGCCCCGGGGGCGCAGCGCAGCAGCGAGCGGCAGAGCGGCACCCACGGCUGGCAAAGCCCGGAGCAGAGCAGCGACCAGGGCUGCUGGGGACCUGCACAGCCGGGCAGCAGCUCCAACAAUGCUCCUGAGCGGUCCUGAGCUCACGCGGGAGGAGAACACCACGAACAAACACCCCUGGCUGUGUGACACGCUCCCAGCCACAGCCCCUGCACACACAGCCCCAGCACACACAGCCCCGGGGAUCCUCCACACACA